UCCCCGACCGUCCGCCCGCUCGCUUUGCCGAGCGCCGGGGCCUCAGCACGCGCGGCGAAGAUGGCGGAUGCGGCCGGUGGGGCGCGGGGGAGGCACAGCGGGCACCGCCGGCUCUGACCGGGACGCCCCACGGCGCGGCGGGAGGGCGCCCGGAGGCCUUCGCGGGGCAGCGCCGGCCGGCCGGGGAGGAGGCAGAGCCCCCCGCUCGGGGCGGGGUGGCGCGGAAGGCGGGGGCGCUACCGGCGAGCCCGGCUGUGAGGGGCCGGCGCGUGAGGAGCGGCGAGGGCGGGAGCCGGCCCGGAGGGGCGAGGCGGCCCGGGGUGGGGUGAGGGGCCGAGCGGCGGCGGGGCCGGCCGGCGGGCAGGGGAACGCUGGCUCCCUGCGGCGGGCGCUCGCAGCUCCGGAGGCGGCUGCGCCGGUGGCUCCCCGCGUUCCUGGCUCUGGGCUGCUGGGCGCCCCACGCCAUGUUCUCGGUGCUCUCCUAUGGCAGGCUGGUGGCCCGGGCAGUCCUGGGCGGCCUCUCGCAGACGGACUCCCGUGACUACAGCUUGGUGACAGCCAGCUGUGGCUUUGGCAAAGAUUUCCGCAAGGGCAUCCUCAAGAAAGGCAUGUGCUACGGGGAUGACGCCUGCUUCGUGGCCCGGCACCGGACGGCAGAUGUGCUGGGGGUAGCAGAUGGUGUAGGUGGCUGGAGAGACUAUGGGGUUGACCCUUCGCAGUUCUCAGGGACUCUAAUGCGAACAUGUGAACGUUUAGUAAAAGAAGGACGGUUUGUACCAAGUAAUCCUGUUGGGAUUCUCACCGCAGGUUAUUGUGAGCUGCUGCAGAACAAAGUACCUUUGCUUGGAAGCAGUACAGCCUGCAUAGUCGUUCUGGACAGAACAAGUCACCGUUUACAUACAGCCAACUUGGGAGAUUCUGGAUUUUUGGUAGUGAGAGGAGGAGAAGUAGUACAUCGAUCCGAUGAGCAACAGCAUUACUUCAACACUCCGUUCCAACUGUCGAUAGCUCCACCAGAAGCAGAAGGAGUUGUCUUAAGUGACAGCCCUGAUGCUGCUGAUAGCACUUCUUUUGACGUCCAACUCGGAGACAUCAUUUUGACUGCAACAGACGGACUGUUUGACAACAUGCCUGACUACAUGAUCCUGCAGGAGUUAAAAAAGCUCAAGAACUCCAACUAUGAGAGCAUACAGCAGACUGCGAGAAGCAUCGCUGAGCAAGCUCACGAGCUGGCGUAUGAUCCCACUUACAUGUCGCCGUUUGCACAGUUUGCGUGUGACAAUGGAUUGAAUGUGAGAGGGGGAAAACCAGACGACAUCACCGUCCUUCUUUCGAUUGUAGCCGAGUACACAGACUGAUCUGCCCGGAGCGUCAGGUUCUGACGUUUUUGUUGUCCCCGAGCUCCCAGCUUCACCCGUACGGUUUCCUGCUGGCAGGAUUUGCUUUCGUCCUUCGCAGCCGAUCUCGGCAGCCAGUUCUCCAGCUUGUUGCCCGUCUUGAGACACAACUGACGUCCCUGUUGAGAACCACUCUAGUACGCCGGGCUUUGCCAGCCAGAAAUAAAGAAGCUCGAGGCUCGAAGCAUGUCUUUCAGAGCUUAGUCCUCGUCCUUAAAGGGGGGAGGAUCAAUCCCACAUUGUUACUGCGUUUGAAAUGUGACUUUCCAAGGAGUAGAAUUGGUUUAGCAUCUUUCAAACUAGAUUCAAUAGGUAAAACCUCUGCAAAGGGGCAUAUUACUCUAUUUACUAGAAACGUUCACUCUUCAUUAAGGGUAUGUUACAGAACACAGUUUCAUAAGCAUAGUCUUGUUACAGUGGUAGCUGAGGUUUCGUGUUUCUAAGCUCCAGUUUUCAGGAGGUUUAUAACUGCUGUAAACAUUCUGCUCUUGCCAUACAUGGUGUCAGUCUAGGAGCCUUUUCUAGUACGAAAUUUCAAAAAACAUAAUUCAAGUUAUAUGGAUGCAAAUGUGUUUUGUGAUUUCAGGUGCUUAACUGUGAUCUUCAAAGUUCUGCAGAUCAUUCGUCCAUAAUGGGCCUGGUCUCUGGAUGUUUUGGCUGUGGAUAAUAAUAAUUAUUAUUUUUUUUAAAACAAAAAUUGUAACUCAGUCUCAAAAAGCCGAGCUGGCCAAAAUUGAGGUCCUUUCAGCAUUUUAACCCAUUUCACCAGCGCGGAUGAUACGGCAUAAAUGCUACAGUGGGAGGUUGCACAAAGAACAGAUCAUCCUCAGCUCUCAACGUCUUCACUUUUGGUAGCGAAUUCUGUUGUUAACGAAACAUAAUUUGUGUUAAUAAUUGUCAUUCUCGCUUAUGUAGAACAGAAUAUGCUGCACCAGUUUAAGUCCAGUCGAUCCUUCUCUUUCCGACUCAACCAAACACCUCUGCUUAUGCUGUGGCAGCAGCAGUAAGUACAGAAAUGAAACUAUUAAUGAAUAAUCAGCAAAAUUUACAUUUCAAUAACUAAAGUGUAGGGUUUUUGGAAUGAACCUUAAUGAUGUUUACAGUCACCUAACAGCCACUUUGCAAUAUUACAUUUCCUUUUGGAUGACAGUAGCUCGCAUUCGUUGCCCCUCUUCCAGCAAGCUUUCCUUUUUCUUUCCCGAGGUUCAUACAAAAAGCUGAUAGCUGUAAAGAUAUAUAUAUUUUUGGUCAGUUUUUCAUUAACUUUUUUGCUGGUAGAAAAGUAUGUAGAAAUAAAUUAAAGCCAUGUUUUUAUAUAUAAAAAGUCGGGUAAUGUUGCUGUUUAGGUGAGUGCAGUUAAACUUGGUCAGUAAGUAAUCUUACCUGCUCUCAAAAGGAGAUUUUUACUACCUGGUUUAUUGUAUUAAAACUGUUUAAGUUUGAGGUUACCUCAACUUGUUUAAAGAAUUUUUUGUGGACUUGUACUGUAUAUUUGCGUAACUAUGUCAAGCUUUUAUUUAAGAUCAUUUAACAUGUACCAUGUACAUGUCAUUUUACUAUAUUUCAAUGCAUCAUGCUUGUAACAGGCAUUUCAUUUAUAAUAAGCGAUUAAUUUGGAAGCUCUUUGGUAAUUUAUCUGCUAUUCCUAAAUUGGCAUCAUGUUAGCUAUCUAUUUUAAAUCACCUUGUAAUUACUCGUCAAAAUGCCUUAACUACCCUAACUUGACCAAAAUACUAUUUUGGUGAGGGUACGGGGAGGAUUAUAUUAAUGAAGAAAAAUUAAUUAGUUUUGCCAUCCAUGGAACAGUGAGUGGUGGAAUAACUUUGCACAAAUCGUCAGUCCUCGUUGUAUUUUAAAAUUGAACAAGCUGUUUGUAGCUGUCUCGUUGGGAGGAAUGUAUCACGCUGCAGUACAGGGCUUUGUUUCUAGCAUUUGGGAGGGAGGUUCCCCUCUCAAAUCUGGGUGUCUUUACAUUUUAUUCUUCAGUAUUUACUCUCACGCUUCUCAAUUAGAGCAGAUUUGAUCAAUUAUUCUUUCCCUCGAACUUCCCUUACGCCGAUUCCCCGCAGACCGGGGCUGUGCUGCGCUCUGACCCCUCGCCCUCUGCACGCUCGUCCCUAACCCUUGGUAUUUCCCCCCCUGCUUUCUAGAUCUAUACAUUGAGACGUAUAUGGGGCGGGUACAGAGGACGGCGAAGGCGCUUACCCCUGUGUGAGGUGUCGCCCGCGCCGUACGCGGCUCAGCCGGGGUCUGGCAUCCCCGAGCGGAGGGACUCGGCUGCCCGGCCGGUGCUGAGCCGCGCGCUCUUAGAGCCCUUGGAGCCGUUCGCCUCAUAUCGCGUCGGGAUUUUGUUUUGUUUUUAACAAAGAACAAAUUUGGAUUUUGAUUUACAAAUCAUGAGUUUAUCCCUCACUGGACACACCAAAGACCAGUAAAGCUUAUAGCUUUUCCAUCUGUUUAUAAAGCAAUACUGUAUUAUAAAGAAUUGAUAUUUUUAUCACAUGCUUGAUUGGUUUUGGUUUUGUUUCGCUGUUGUUUUUUUUUUUUAAGAUGUGCACUCUAAACAUAUCAAACUUAAUUUCUUCCUAUGAACUUAAGCUGUCUGCGCACAAUGAAUUUUUUGGAAAAGGAAAUGACAGGGCCCAUACUAUCAAAAUAAUGUUAAACGAUGCAUGAAGCAGUAACACUUCCUAGGAAUUUUAGAAUAUUGGGACUAUUCACGAGAGGAGGGUUCAAGGAAGGUGUUCUGUGACGCGGGGUGGGGAGCGGAGCGCAGGCUGCUGCUCAGCCUGUUAUCGGGAGCGGGUUUGGGAUCUGAAGGAAGAGUUUUCUACACCAGUAACCACAUAAUGUCCCGGCACUGGCAGGGGUUGGGAUUCCUGCAGCAGCGUUACUGGUAUUUGGGUAAAACAGGGCUAAAAUGUGGUGAAUUGGAAAAACUCUGUGGUUUCUUGCUACUUCGGCUAUCUUUGGGAGACCCGCAACAUACAGUUGCCCUCUAAAUGUACUUUUUGGGGGUUAUGAAGAAGGUGUGGCUGGAAAACAAAACUAAACCCAGAUUUUGGGACCAGACAGUUAGGACUGAGUCAAGGAGAAGGGAGAGGGGAAGGUCUGGCAAAGAUGGGAAGGGUUUUGUGAUGGAAUCCCCAUCUCUCGGUGAUGGGUGUCCUUUCUCCAGGGGAAAAUCAGACUGUGUGUGUGGAAAGUGGCUGUAUGAAGUGGUGUCUUACAAAGAUAGCUGAACUAAUGAAGCAAAUUUGAGUCUGUAUCUAAUGAGGAUGCUUUUUUGUUGUUGUUAAAAUGAGACUAUCAUCUAUGCUUACCUAAGAGGCAAUUAUGUGAAUUUCAUGUCUGAGGUAUAACUUAUGCAGGAAUAGUUCUGUAAAUACAUUUAAAUGAAUUGUAAAGAUAUUUAAUAAAUAUAGUAUUUAUACUAAAAUGUGUUUUUUAAA